CGCAACCAUCACAACCCCAGAGGAACAGUUCUGUGGCCUUUGCAUCUGCUCUCUGGCUCCCUCUUGCAUCAAAUAAGAGACAGAUUAUUGAUGAUACAUAACAAUUAACACACUACAAAUGGAGUCCUCAUCCUGGAAAAUUUCAGCUGAAAGAGGUAGCAUUUAAUCACCAGUUCCUUCAGCAGAUCGUCAAUCCAGAAAACUGAUUAGAGAUGCAAGGCGUAGCUGAAGCAAUACGUUUCCAUGGGAACCGUCUUAAACUUGCGGUUCUACAGCACAUUAGCAUGAAGGACAAAUAUUUAUGGUCUAACUUAUUUACACGCUUUGAGAGUGCUAUUUCAACUCCUACCUUACCUCAUAGAGGAUUGGAGAAUACAACAAUUGCACAGCUCUUGAAAGCAAAGGGAGAAGAUGAGGCAGGAGCCGUAUACUGGUGUAAUACCACAGACACAGUCUAUGAUGCCGUGAAGAAUAUGACACAACAUAAUAUUGGAGCUUUGGUUGUUGUGAAGCCAGGAGAUGAAAAACUGCUUGCUGGAAUAAUCACUGAAAGAGAUUAUCUCAAUAAGAUCAUUGUGCAAGGAAGAUCUUCCAAAGCCACAAGAGUUGGAGAAAUCAUGACUGAAGAGAACAAGCUCAUUGCAGUGUCUUCUGAUGCAAAUAUUCUUCAAGCAAUGCAGCUAAUGACAGAUAAACAUAUACGACAUGUCCCGGUGAUAGAUCAUAAGGUAGUUGGCAUGAUUUCCAUUGUAGAUGUUGUCCGAGCAGUACUAGAACAACAACAUCAGGAAGUGAAGCGUUUGAAUGAAUUUAUUAGAGGGGAUUACUAUUGAAUGUCAGCAAUGAACUACCAGCGAUAGUUCAUAUAUGAAGGCCUUUGAGGUGGACAAUCAUGAUGUUUAAAGCUAUAUUAUGUUCUUGUGGAUCUAUCUUGAAGGUCAAUAGAUGGUUAGUUAAACUUUCAUUGCCAA